AUGAUGGACACGAACUCAUCCCGGGACCUGGUGCGCGAGGAGGACUCCGCAGGAUGCGCGGCGUGUGCGUGGAACCUGGUCUUCUGCGAGCCUGGACUUCUGAGCGAGGCGCGCGGCUGCAGGGAUUCGCCGGGACUCGCGGCUAUGCAAGGACUGCCGUUUGGGAGCUGCCUGCCCAUCAGUGAUGGCCCCUUCAACAACAGCACUGGGAUUCCUUUCUUCUACAUGACGGCCAAGGACCCCGUGGUGGCUGAUCUGAUGAAGAACCCCACGGCCUCGCUGAUGCUGCCAGAAUCAGAAGGGGAGUUCUGCAGAAAAAACAUUGUUGACCCGGAAGAUCCCCGAUGUGUCCGGUUAACGCUGACUGGCCAGAUGAUCGCAGUGUCUCCAGAAGAAGUAGAAUUUGCCAAGCAAGCCAUGUUUUCAAGGCACCCAGGGAUGAGGAAGUGGCCUCGUCAAUAUGAAUGGUUCUUUAUGAAGAUGAGGAUAGAACAUAUCUGGCUUCUGAAAUGGUAUGGAGGCGUAUCCAAUAUUUCAAAGGAGGAAUAUUUCAAAGCAGUUCCCAGAAAGGCCUGAUGGAGUAAGAAGAAAGUCCUUGGUGUUUGCACUUAAAUAAAAACCUUUUCAGUGAUGCAGCCAGACAGCAUUGACCACUGUCUCUUUGUUGAAGGGUUCGUAGCAGCCCUGCCAUCCCGGCAGCAGAAUGAGAGAGGGCGAACAGGGAACUCUGUGCUAGAUUUGAGAUUAAAGUGGUCAUUUGCAGAUCUCCAACUCACACGGAUACUUCACGUAGAUAGUCUUUAUUCCAUCGUAUUCAGUCCAGACCCACCUAUUCAGAAAUCAUAUAAUAGCUGGUGGUCAAAAUGCCGUUUUGAGAUCAUUGCUGUUUCACUCUUUAAGAAAAGGCAAUGCCUGUACCUACAACGCGAUUGCUUUGUAUUGUGAGAGCGUCUUUGUUGCUUGCUGUGCCAAACGCAGUCUUGGUUCUAAGCUCGUCGUGACCACAAAGGAGCUGACUGUGCAUCACGCAGCCACAAUAUUGUUUUUAGGGUGAGGGUGGAGGACGGUGUGUCCGUGGAUUACUCUUCUGCUGGUGGAUUGCAGAUGCAUUAUUAGGUCGUAUUGGCUAGAAGGUACUGGUCACUUAUGCAACUUUUUUCCCACCAUGACAUGAAAGCAGUGUAAGAACACAGGAUGCUUUGUGCACAGCCCUUCUCUAUGCAAGCAGCCAUGGCAGUGCGUUAAAGAGAAAGGAGCAGCUUUGACGUGAAGCUCCCCAGAUCCCUGCUGCUCAUACCUCUGGCAAGGGUUCCCCUCUCUCAUGCAUGAACAGGGGCAUCCAAAAUAAGAAGCUCCCCAUUCUGUGGUGGAGAAAGCGGAGAGGGGAGAGGGUGAAGCUGGGAAAGUAAAGACAGCAUGUUACAGAAGGAAGAAAGGAAGCCAGUAACUGAGGGCCCACUGCCUGCCCAGCCCUGGGCCAGGCCCUCAGCAGAAGCCAUCUCAUUUGAGCCCUGCAACCAAUGAGCUGCACGUCAUCGUUGGCUCUUACAGACAGGAAAACUAGACUCAGAGAGGCUGAGUCCGCAUCCCAGACAGCUCACUGCAGACACGGGUGGAGUGGCUCCUAGAAGACGUCCAGUUUUAACAACAAAAGAGUUAUUGAAAUGCACGGGUAGAAAUUGAACCAGGAAAAUCAGUGAAGUGAUUGUAAAAAAGAAGGACUAGCUUGCCUGGAGAUGAUGUUUCUUGCUUUUGG